UAUUACAAUGAGAUUAACCUUGUGUGAAGGAGAACAAACUCUUUCCUUCGAUAAUCUUCUUUCAACACUACAAUAAUCAAAUCAAAAUCAAAAUCAAAAUCAAGUUCGUAUUCGAUUUCCCUUUCUUUCUUCCACUUUUUCCUUCCUUUCCAAUCCAAGAUGUCCUCUUUCUCCCCCAAUUUCCACCUUCAACAGUAAUAAAACAAACCAACAAACACCCUUUUCAAUUUCACUAUUCGAUCAAGAUUGCGUGUGUGCGCGAUCCACCAAUCUUAUCUAGAGGAGGAGGUGUGUGAGCGUGAGCGUGGGUUUAAUUGGGCAGAGGAGAUAUCAUAUGGCGACAAUUCCACUGGGCAAGAUGAUUCAUUUCUGGUUGUCCACUGAUUGGUGGGAGGAGAUUAACGAAUCAAGAAAGUGGCAAGAUGCAAUCUUUUUCACUCUUUCUGCUUCUUAUGCCCUCGUUUCCGCCAUUGCUCUUAUUCAGUUAAUUAGGAUUCAGCUAAGAGUGCCCGAGUAUGGGUGGACAACACAAAAAGUUUUCCACCUCAUGAACUUCAUUGUAAAUGGAGUGCGUGCCAUUGUCUUUGGGUUCCACUUACAAGUGUUUAAUUUGCAUCCAAAGGUUUGCAUCUGGAUGCUAUUGGAGGUGCCCGGUCUACUGUUUUUCUCAACAUAUACUCUUCUUGUCCUAUUUUGGGCUGAGAUAUAUCACCAGGCUAAGAAUUUACCAACGGGUAAACUCAGGAUUAUAUACGUAUCAGUUAACGCAGGCGUUUAUUUGAUACAAGGUUGUCUUUGGUUAUAUCUAUGGUUGGAUGAUAGCAGCUUGGUGCAAUUUCUCGGAAAGAUAUUUGUUGCAGUUAUAUCACUUAUGGCUGCAGUAGGCUUCCUGCUUUAUGGAGGAAGGUUAUUUAUCAUGCUGAGACGAUUUCCUAUUGAAUCUAAAGGCAGACAGAAGAAACUUCACGAGGUUGGAUCCGUGACGGGAAUAUGCUUUACCUGUUUUGUUGUAAGAAGCUUUGUGGAUGUUUUAUCUGCUUUUGAUUCACACGCUUCAUUGGACGUACUUGAUCAUCCGGUUUUGAACUUCUUUUUCUACAUGCUAGUUGAGAUUCUGCCCUCGGCUCUCGUGCUCUACAUUCUUCGGAAGCUGCCUCCCAAGAGAGUAUCAGCACAGUACCACCCUAUUCGUUAGCAGCAGCAGCUGCAUCAAUGCAGUCUGCUGGUAACCAUUGACUUUGACUUUUGAAUUUUAACAGUCAAUUCAGUGUUUGAUGCUAUUGGAUUUAAGCAAAGCAGACUCAAAUAUAUGCAGUUUUGUGUUGCUAGUUCGAUGUAGAAUAACAGUAGCAAUCUGUCAUUAUUGCAAGUUGCAACUCGAAUGGAGAAAUUUUUUUGAUCAAUUUCUUCAAGAACGUUAAUCGCCAUUUGGUCACCGUUGUAAUGUUUGUUUUGAAGAACCUUAUGUUUCACUAUUAAUGUUUAAGUGGCUUGAAUAUUUGGAAUCCAAUAAACAACAUCUUUUUUCAGUCUU